AUGCCUGCAAAAGUGCACUGCAAUGGUUUGUUUUUGGGCGACACAAUUCAGGAAAAAACUCGAACUUUGCUUGGCUGGAAUGAUGAGCAUUGUCCCACGAUUACAGUCAACGCUACAGAGAAAUCCGUCAGCAGGUGUGAUCGGCGUGUACUUCAUGUAAAUAAUACACGCCGUCAUCCAUACAUGAUUCCAGUCGGGCGUUUGCGACGUUACAGUAAUAGUUCAAGUUCAACAUGUAGUAGCAGUAGUAGUGAAUAUUCGCAACCAUCACCAAGUUACAGUAUCACUUCUUACGAAUCGCUAAGUCCGGAACCUCUGGUUUCCCCUUAUGCUGCAACUGAUUGUCAAUCACCCCAUUUAGUACCGCUAGGUCCAAUAAUACCAGCAGCAACAACAACGGCAUCUACCACCAACUAUCGGUCGCCGGAACGAGAAGCACAAGUUUUCGAAAGGUUGCGACAGCUGGUACCAAUGUUGCCAUUUGAUAGAAGUGCUUAUCAGGUACUAAUAGAAACAGUUUCACAAGUGAUGGAUUUAGAACAACAACUUGAACAACUGAACCAGCAGACAAACAAUGCCAAAAACAGUCUAUGGAUUGAACAAAAAAGUCUCAUUUCGAAUGCAGAAAAUAGUGUCUUUCCGGAUGAUUUGAAAACUGUGGAUGUGACAGCAUUCAAGCGUCUUCUUUGUUCCGAUCCUCUCUCUGGCGAUAUCUCAAAAACAGUGCACUUCAACUUUGCCUCGUAA